UCCAAUAUGGCGUCCGAUUGUUGACAUCUCGGAGUGUGUUGCAAUCACUGCCGAAGCUUUCGCGUCGUCCUGUCGCACUGAAGGGAUUCUGACAUAUUUAUCGAAUGUCAGCAGAAGGCAAGACAUCAUGGAUCUUCACGAACUGUUUCUUGCCUGUAGAAAGGGAGACGUUUCGCGUGUCAAGCACUUGGUGGAACAGAAGGAGGUGGACCUGAAUGUGAGAGACCGCUGGGACAGCACACCUCUGUACUACGCUUGUCUAUGUGGCUUUGAAGAUCUAGUGGAAUACCUGCUGGAGAAAGGUGCGCGUUGUCAGGCGAACACCUUUGACGGCGAGCGCUGUCUGUACGGUGCGCUGAACGACAGGAUCAGGAACAUGCUGAAGAACUACAAACAGGUCACCUCGCACACGUUACGCAGGGACCACUAUGAGGAGUUCCUACGAAAGCUUUUAGAGCGAGGAAACUAUGAGGAUGUAGAGUUUGAGGUCCAUGAGGAGCUGUUCACGGCUCACAAGUGCAUCCUCAGCGCACGGUCGGCGUACUUCGCUGAAAUGCUGCAGACCAAAUGGAAGAACAAGGCUCACGUCCAGAUCAAACACAGUCUGGUGAACCCCAACGCUUUCAGGGCAGUGCUGCAGUAUCUAUACACGGGCCGACUGGACACUGAUAUCUACAAUGUAGAUGACUGUAUGAGGCUGGCCAAGCAGUGUCGGCUAGGAAAGCUCAUCGACGAACUGGAGAAGAGGCUGAAGACAGUAUACGACUUUGUGUCCACCAAGCCAGGCACCCACGUCACCAUGAUCAGUGUGGAGCAUGAAGGCCUGUAUAACCAGGACCUGUGUGAAGACUUCGGCAGACUUGCAGAAAGCUGCAUGCCUCCAGAGCUGGGCAACUGGGUCACCUCCGGAGUUUUACCCUUCUUCUGCAGUCCUGAAGAUGAGGACAAAACUGCGUACGAUGACGUCUGCUUUGAGGUAGAAUCCCACAUGUUCUAUUGUCACAAGGUCUUUCUAUGUGGUCGCAGUGACUACUUCAAGGCCCUGCUGAUCGACCAUUUCAGUGAGAGACCGAAGGAGGACUCAGAGUCAGAGGCUCCCAUCCCGGUAGUGGAGCUGCACGACGUCAGCGCGUAUGUCUUCAGCAGGGUGCUGUACUACAUCUAUCAGGACAGCACCGAGAUAUCCCCAGACCAUGUGUUUGAGGUGUUACGAGUGGCGGACAUGUACCUGUUACCAGGCCUGAAGAGACAGUGUGCCAACGUCAUCAGUCAGCAUCUGGAUGAGAACAACGUCAUCCCCGUCCUCCGAGCGUCAAGGCUGUUUGAGCUGCCGCGACUUGAGGAUCAGUGCACAGAGUACAUGGCCAAGGUGGUGGAUAAGCUGGUUGAGAUGGAGGAGUUUGCAGACCUGGUGCGUGAGGACGCGUCGCAAGUGGAGGCCCGGCAGGAGACCGACUCCAUCCCGGUGGUGGACGACAUUCGCUACCACAUCACCAGCAACGUGCAGACCUACAGCGCGCUCGACGAGGCAAACCAGAAACUGGCCGCGCUCGACUGGCUGCUGGACAGGCUGGGGUUGGAAGGGUAAACAGGGCUCGAAAUUAAAGGUGCCCAAAUAGAACCACUAAAAUUUAGGCUGAGACAACUAAAAAGACACUUUGGGACAAUUUUGGGUG